UUUUCAAAGUUCUAAUCCAAACCUAAGCAUCGAAAAUACCAAUUGCAUCAUCAAAUUCAUUAUUUGACCCAAAUUCCGGGGAACGGAAUUCCUUUUCUCCAUCGGAGUUCCAUAUUCCCCCCUCCUGAAUUCUCUUUUUUCCCCUACCCUCAAAAUCUCCUCUUUGUUCUAUACAGAAUAAAUAAAAUUUUAAUUUUAUGGCAUGGAACGUGUUCAAAUUCUGUACGGCACUACGUGCUUUGGGUUCGAUUAUGAUCGUUUUCGUUCUUGCGGUUAUCGGCCUCACUUACUAUGCUGUGGUCAUUGCUCAUUAUGGUCCAAGUCUCUUUCUUGGAAGCUUUGAAACCUUUUUUGCCAUCGUAGUUCUCAUCGUGUUUCAUUCUCUGCUGGUAAUGGUAAUGUGGUGCUAUUCUUCUGUUGUUGUAACUGACCCCGGGGGUGUCCCACCGAAUUGGAGGCCCCUCACGGAUGAGGAGAAAGGUGAUGCCGAUCCUUUGGUAGGUUCUGGUUAUGGAAGUGCACAAUUAGAUCCCAAGCAGUCAGCUACGGUAGCCGUGAGCCAGGAGAUACGUUUCUGUCACAAGUGCAAACAAUUUAAACCUCCUCGCGCCCACCACUGCUCUGUUUGUAGGAGGUGUAUACUAAAAAUGGACCAUCACUGUGUUUGGGUUGUCAACUGCGUCGGGGCAUUGAACUACAAGUAUUUCCUUCUAUUUUUGUUUUACACAUUUCUUGAAACCACACUUGUCAGUUUAUUGUUGUUGCGAGUUUUUAUGGAGUUUUUUAACGAAGGCGAGAUAGAUGAAACACCAGGAUCACUUGCUGCUACUUUUAUCACAUUUGUUUUGAACAUAGCAUUUACGCUGAGUAUUCUUGGCUUUCUGAUUAUGCACAUAACACUGGUUGGAGCCAAUACCUCCACUAUUGAGGCAUAUGAGAAGAAAACCUCUCCAAAAUGGCGUUAUGACCUUGGUUGGAAGAAGAAUUUUGAACAGGUGUUUGGACUAGAUAAGAAGUACUGGUUCAUCCCAGCCUAUUCUGAAGACGAUUUAAGACGAUUGCCAGCCCUUCACGGAUUUGAAUACCCAACACGGCCUGACUUGGAGCCACUCCAGCAACAUUAACAAAGGAACAAAACAAGCUUUCAAGUUUCAAUCACUCAAAAAAAAACUAGGUUGCAGCUCAUGUAUAUAUCUGUAUCCUUGUGAUUUGUAAGUGAUUUCAUCAGUUCUUUAUUUUAGUCAGUGGUGUCACCGAUUAAAGCUCAACAUUUUCUAUCCUUGUGAUUUGUAAGUGAUUUCAUCAGUUCUUUAUUUUAGUCAGUGGUGUCACCGAUUAAAGCUCAACAUUUUCGUUGAUUUUCCUUCUUGCCAAUCACGAUAUGUGAUCUUUCCUUUUGAGUUUUGUAAUCUUUAUUUGCAAUGAUUGAAACUUUCAGAAAA